UGUGUGUGUGUGUGUGUGUGUGUGUGUGUGUGCGCGCGCGCGAGCGCGCGCCUGUGUGGCACGUUCCUGAGUGUGAGACCCAAAUCAAGACCAAGACCUUUGAUGUCCCCGCCCUCCCAGCGUCGCCGGAAAGGGAACCCCUCAAACCUCAACACCCGCCUCGCCUCUCUGGACACUGCCACCGCGGAGGCGCUCAGAGCCGGAAGGGGACGCUUUGGGAAUGACCAUGCUCCACGGAGGGACGGAGCCAACCCCGAGCUUCUUCACACAGAGACUUCUCUACUAAAGCUCCAAAAAUUAAAAAAAAAACAACCGUAAUUGCCAGAAGACUCCUUAAAUAUAUAUAUUCGGGCCACUAACCUCACAUGCACAUGGAAUAAUGACUCUGGAUUCUGCAUUGUGAGCUGCUUUCCACACCCCGAGAUUCCCCUUUGCGUUAAUUUUUUUCUUUGAAUUUGCAUCUCUUCAAGACACAAGAUUAAAACCAAAUUUACGCUACAUUGGAUUUUAAAUCUCUUCCGUUCCUUUAUCCUCCGUCUUUCUUAUGUGGAUAUGCAAGCAAGAAGAGGACCCUGGAUAUUCCCAACAUGCUCUCUCCCUUAAUCUGUCCGCCUAGAGGUUUGGCUUCUACAAACCAAGAGAGUCGACGAGCUGAAGAUGAAGCCCAGUGCAGAGUGCUGUUCUCCCAAGUUCUGGUUGGUGUUGGCCGUCCUGGCCGUAUCCGGCAGCAAAGCCCGUUCCCAAAAGAGCCCCCCCAGCAUCGGCAUCGCUGUCAUCCUCGUGGGCACUUCAGACGAAGUGGCCAUAAAAGACGCCCACGAGAAAGAUGACUUCCAUCAUCUCUCAGUAGUUCCCCGGGUGGAGCUGGUAGCCAUGAACGAAACUGACCCAAAGAGCAUCAUCACCCGUAUCUGCGAUCUUAUGUCCGACCGGAAGAUCCAGGGGGUGGUGUUUGCUGAUGACACCGACCAGGAAGCCAUCGCCCAGAUCCUCGAUUUCAUUUCUGCUCAGACGCUCACCCCUAUCCUGGGCAUCCAUGGGGGCUCAUCUAUGAUAAUGGCAGAUAAGGACGAGUCCUCCAUGUUCUUCCAGUUCGGCCCGUCCAUUGAACAGCAAGCUUCCGUCAUGCUCAACAUCAUGGAAGAAUACGAUUGGUACAUCUUUUCCAUCGUCACCACCUACUUCCCCGGCUACCAGGACUUUGUGAACAAGAUCCGCAGCACCAUCGAGAACAGCUUUGUGGGCUGGGAACUGGAGGAAGUCCUCCUGUUAGACAUGUCUCUGGACGACGGCGACUCGAAGAUCCAGAACCAGCUGAAGAAGUUGCAAAGCCCCAUCAUCCUCCUCUACUGCACGAAGGAAGAAGCCACCUACAUAUUUGAAGUAGCUAACUCGGUUGGGCUGACCGGCUAUGGUUACACAUGGAUUGUGCCUAGUCUGGUGGCUGGGGAUACAGACACUGUGCCCGCCGAGUUUCCCACGGGGCUUAUCUCUGUGUCCUAUGACGAAUGGGACUAUGGCCUUCCUGCUAGGGUGAGAGAUGGGAUUGCCAUCAUCACCACUGCUGCUUCCGACAUGCUGUCCGAGCACAGUUUCAUCCCUGAGCCCAAGAGUAGCUGUUACAACACCCACGAGAAGAGGAUCUACCAGUCGAACAUGCUGAAUAGGUAUCUGAUCAAUGUCACUUUCGAGGGGAGAAACCUGUCCUUCAGUGAAGAUGGCUAUCAGAUGCACCCGAAGCUGGUCAUAAUCCUUCUGAACAAGGAGAGGAAGUGGGAGAGGGUGGGGAAAUGGAAAGACAAGUCCCUGCAGAUGAAAUACUACGUGUGGCCUCGAAUGUGCCCCGAAACCGAAGAGCAGGAGGAUGACCAUCUGAGCAUUGUGACCUUGGAGGAGGCGCCGUUUGUCAUUGUGGAAAGUGUGGACCCUCUCAGUGGAACCUGCAUGAGGAACACAGUCCCGUGCCAGAAGCGCAUCAUCUCUGAGAAUAAAACAGAUGAAGAGCCAGGCUACAUCAAAAAAUGCUGCAAGGGCUUCUGUAUUGACAUCCUGAAGAAAAUUUCUAAGUCUGUGAAGUUCACCUAUGACCUUUACCUGGUGACCAAUGGCAAGCAUGGGAAGAAGAUCAACGGGACCUGGAAUGGCAUGAUUGGUGAGGUGGUCAUGAAGAGGGCCUACAUGGCAGUGGGGUCACUAACUAUCAAUGAAGAGCGAUCAGAGGUGGUCGACUUCUCUGUGCCCUUCAUAGAGACCGGCAUCAGUGUCAUGGUAUCACGCAGCAAUGGGACUGUGUCACCUUCUGCCUUUUUAGAGCCGUUCAGCGCUGACGUGUGGGUGAUGAUGUUUGUGAUGCUGCUCAUUGUCUCUGCCGUGGCUGUCUUUGUCUUCGAGUACUUCAGCCCUGUGGGUUACAACAGGUGCCUAGCUGAUGGCAGAGAGCCAGGCGGCCCAUCUUUCACCAUUGGCAAAGCAAUUUGGUUACUCUGGGGUCUGGUGUUCAACAACUCCGUCCCUGUGCAGAACCCAAAGGGGACCACCUCCAAGAUCAUGGUGUCAGUGUGGGCCUUCUUUGCUGUCAUUUUCCUGGCCAGCUACACUGCCAACUUAGCAGCCUUCAUGAUCCAAGAGGAGUAUGUGGACCAGGUUUCUGGCCUGAGCGACAAGAAGUUCCAGAGACCUAAUGACUUUUCACCCCCUUUCCGCUUUGGGACUGUGCCCAAUGGCAGCACAGAGAGGAAUAUCCGCAAUAACUAUGCAGAAAUGCAUGCCUACAUGGGAAAGUUCAACCAAAGGGGUGUAGAUGAUGCAUUGCUCUCCCUGAAAACGGGGAAGCUUGAUGCUUUCAUCUACGAUGCAGCAGUGCUCAACUACAUGGCCGGAAGAGAUGAAGGCUGCAAGCUGGUGACCAUUGGCAGCGGCAAGGUCUUUGCAUCCACUGGCUAUGGCAUUGCUAUCCAGAAAGAUUCCGGGUGGAAGCGCCAGGUGGACCUUGCUAUUCUGCAGCUGUUUGGAGACGGGGAGAUGGAAGAACUGGAAGCUCUCUGGCUCACUGGCAUUUGCCACAACGAGAAGAACGAGGUUAUGAGCAGCCAGCUGGACAUCGACAACAUGGCAGGCGUCUUCUAUAUGUUGGGGGCCGCCAUGGCUCUCAGCCUCAUCACCUUCAUCUGUGAACAUCUGUUCUAUUGGCAGUUCCGGCAUUGUUUCAUGGGUGUCUGUUCUGGCAAGCCUGGCAUGGUCUUCUCCAUCAGCAGAGGUAUCUACAGCUGCAUCCAUGGGGUAGCUAUCGAGGAGCGCCAGUCUGUGAUGAACUCCCCCACCGCUACCAUGAACAACACACACUCCAACAUCCUGCGCUUGCUCCGCACAGCCAAGAACAUGGCCAACCUGUCUGGAGUAAACGGCUCCCCUCAGAGUGCCCUGGACUUCAUCCGCCGCGAGUCCUCCGUCUAUGACAUCUCUGAGCACCGGCGCAGCUUCACCCAUUCGGAUUGUAAGUCUUACAACAACCCGCCCUGUGAGGAAAACCUGUUCAGCGACUACAUCAGUGAGGUAGAGAGGACAUUUGGCAACCUGCAGCUGAAGGACAGCAACGUGUACCAGGACCACUAUCACCAUCACCACCGGCCACACAGCAUCGGCAGCACCAGCUCCAUUGACGGGCUCUACGACUGUGACAACCCACCUUUCACCACCCAACCCAGGUCAAUCAGCAAGAAACCCCUGGACAUCGGCCUGCCCUCCUCCAAACACAGCCAGCUCAGUGACCUGUACGGCAAGUUCUCCUUCAAGAGCGACCGCUACAGUGGCCAUGAUGACUUGAUUCGAUCGGAUGUCUCAGACAUCUCCACCCACACUGUCACCUAUGGGAACAUCGAGGGCAACGCAGCUAAGAGGCGGAAGCAGCAGUACAAGGACAGUCUGAAGAAGCGGCCGGCCUCGGCCAAGUCGCGGAGGGAGUUUGAUGAAAUCGAGCUGGCCUAUCGUCGCCGCCCACCCCGCUCCCCAGACCACAAGCGCUACUUCAGGGACAAAGAAGGGCUCCGAGACUUCUACCUGGACCAGUUCCGAACAAAGGAGAACUCGCCUCACUGGGAGCAUGUGGACUUGACCGACAUUUACAAAGAACGUAGUGACGACUUCAAGCGAGAUUCGGUCAGUGGAGGUGGGCCCUGUACCAACAGGUCUCACCUCAAACAUGGAACAGGCGAUAAACAUGGCGUGGUAGGUGGGGUGCCGGCUCCUUGGGAGAAGAAUCUGACCAAUGUAGAUUGGGAGGAGCGGUCUGGGGGCAACUUCUGCCGCAGCUGUCCCUCCAAGCUGCACAACUAUUCCUCUACGGUGGCAGGUCAGAAUUCGGGCCGGCAGGCCUGCAUCAGGUGUGAGGCCUGCAAGAAGGCUGGGAACCUGUAUGACAUCAGCGAGGACAACUCCUUGCAGGAACUGGACCAGCCGGCUGCCCCUGUGGCAUCUAAUGCCUCUUCCACCAAGUACCCUCAAAGCCCGACUAAUUCCAAGGCCCAGAAGAAGAACCGAAACAAGCUACGCCGGCAGCACUCCUAUGACACCUUCGUGGACCUGCAGAAGGAGGAGGCCGCCUUGGCCCCACGCAGCGUGAGCCUGAAAGACAAGGGCCGAUUCAUGGAUGGCAGCCCCUACGCCCACAUGUUUGAGAUGCCAGCUGGUGAGAGUUCCUUUGCCAACAACAAGUCCUCAGUGCCCACUGCCGGACACCACCACAACAACCCUGGCAGCGGCUACAUGCUCAGCAAGUCGCUCUACCCUGACCGGGUCACGCAAAACCCUUUCAUCCCCACUUUUGGGGAUGACCAGUGCUUGCUUCACGGCAGCAAAUCCUACUUCUUCAGGCAGCCCACGGUGGCAGGGGCAUCGAAAACAAGGCCGGACUUCCGGGCCCUUGUCACCAAUAAGCCAGUGGUGUCGGCCCUUCAUGGGGCUGUGCCUGGUCGUUUCCAGAAGGACAUUUGUAUAGGGAACCAGUCCAACCCCUGUGUGCCUAACAACAAAAACCCCAGGGCUUUCAAUGGCUCCAGCAAUGGACAUGUUUAUGAGAAACUUUCUAGUAUUGAGUCUGAUGUCUGAGUGAGGGAAGAGAGAGAGGUUAAGGUGGGUACGGGAGGGGUAGGGCUGUGGGCCGCGUGGUGCGCAUGUCCUGGAAAGAGUCAGGGGUGAACUUGGCUCCCAUUCACUUUUUCUUGUUCUUUUAAUUUCUCUAUGGGAUCCUGGAGUUCUGGUUCCUACUGAAGGCAGCCCUCGUGGCCGGCCCGAUUUCUCCUCCCUCCGCAGGUCUCUUCUCCCCGCAUCUGUCCACCACUCCUAUAGCCAUGAGAGGAUAGAACCGGCCUCAGCGUGGGAGGAUGGUGAGGAGAGGAGAGGAGACAGGAAGUGAUUGCUGCCUGUGGGCUUCUUCCUAGUGCGGAAGUGCUCUGAGCCCUGAGAGGGAGGCUUUUCUGGAACUGCUCUUUUUUUUUCGGGCGAGGAAGUGAAGGCAACCUAAGGAAGACCCUUUGGCCUCCCGCUCAUAAGAGAGAAGGGGCUUCUUGCCAAAUUCUUGCUGUGUGGUUGGUGGUUGCCUAGGGACCCUGUAAGCAGCAGAGGGCAGGAAGUGAUUCUGUGCUUAUAUAUAAGCCAAAUAAAAAGUUUGCCUCAGCCCCAUAAACCUGCGGUGGCGAAGCAAGGGGGAAGGCCAUUGGCAGACAAGGGAUUCCUGAGCAAAUUGGGACGUUCACUGUAAUAGUGCCCUAUGGUUCACUGGAGGCAAGAGUAGAGAAUUCUGGGUCCAUGGACCCCUGUACCCGCAUGCGGUCAGCUGCCUCUGGGUAAAGAGGGGGGAACCUUGGCUCACUUGCCUUCUUCCACAGGCUUAAGGACUGUGCUUGUUUUGGCUUAUAUAUAAACCGAUGCCAUAGGUUACCAGGAUUUGGGCUAGCUUUCCCUUUUUCCUUCUUCAGAGAGGAUGGAGGUUCUUGACAAAGAAGAUUCUCUCCUGUAGGAAAAAAAUGACAAGAGAAAGGGAAAGGGACCGAGACAACCCUACAGACUAGUAUGUCAGUGUUGUCUAUAGUAACUAUAGCUUAGGCAGAGAAUUUGCCAGUAAGGCAUAAGGGAAACAGAAGCAGCCAUGAAUCUUUUAUCCAAUCUCAGAGCAAAAGGUUCUAGAAAACUCUUUUAGGCAUUUAGCUCUUUGACUGGCUAAUGUUUGAGGAAGGGCUCUCCACAGAAGGUUUUGAAGAAAAGAAUCAUUUACAGUAGGGUAAGUGAGAGAGGGGGAUGUUUUCAACGCUUUGAUCCCUUCUUACUUAACCUAGAGCUGAAAGCGUAGACAAAUCUCUCCAAAGCAGGCGAUGAGUGACAGGGGACAGACAGAAGAGAAACGAGCUUGUCCUCCAGGGCACAGCUCUGGAAGCCAGAGAGAGCGAAAGAGAUUUGGAAUAUGACUUGAACUAACAUGAACACUCCUGAAAGAACCUUUCUUCUUCUGCAACCCCCAGUUCCCUCUGAUUGUAACACUCAACAGCAAGCGUGUGUGCGUGCGUGCAUGCAUGAGUGUGUGCACGUACGUGUUAUGUGUGUACAUGUGUGUGUGCGUGUGCGUGUGUGUGUGUGUGUGUGUGUGUGUGUGUGUGUAAAACGCCAGGUCCAGGAAUGGGGGUGCUGGCACGAGUGAUGCCCCCUCGCUUGAAGUUGGAAAUUGAAGAAGGGAAAUGAAUAUUUGUGUCCCUGCCUGUCCUGAAACUUGGGGUAGGGGUGUUCUAUGGGUCAGUUCCACUGUCCUGCCGUCCCCUCACACAGGGUGGCAUCCAAAGAGCCUGGGUUUGUUUGGAAGCAUGACUGCAGAGUCGCCUUGUCGCACACAGGACACAUAAACCAGAAAGGUGCUCACCUUCCUCUGGAACGAAGCCGCCGUGUCUCUUCACGUCACACCCUCCAGGGCUGCUCUUUGCCUUCCUGGUUGCCCUGCCUCACGGCCCUCCCUCAUCUUCCAUCCUCGACUGCUGUCUCCCACCUUCCUCCUUGAUUUUUACCUCAGUAUCUUUCAUUUAAAAGCCAACCGAAGGCCUUGUUUUCUUUCUAAGAUGAACGUGGGGGCAAGGGGCUGAACCUCUCAACAGUUUGGAGAGAGGAGCGUGGAGUGCUUUACUUUAGGUUCCAGGAAAGACUCUGAGAGAGGUCAGAGGGCGUGAGGCUACUCCCGGAGGAAGGAGAAGGGCCAUAGAAACAUUGCUUCGCUCUGGCUCUGUCCAAGGGCCAGGGGCUCACCCCUCACUCUUCCUCUUACCUCACCCCUUUAAAACUGAAAAAAGAAAAAAAAAAGCAAACCAACUAACCUAGCGAACAGCAAUCUAGAAAACAGGGGGCUCUGAUGGUCUCCACGGGCCACAGAAAUCAAGAUGGUGUUUAUUUCAUAUGUAAAUAUUUUGUUUUCUAAUUAAUUUUGUAUAGAUAAAGUGGUCUCCUGUGAGUAUUCAGGGUGUUGAGCUGGAGGGAGUGGGGUGGGGAUGGGAAUGAGGGGGGAAUUAUUUUGUUAUGGAUUUUCAUUUUCUGUUGGGAGGAAUUGUUUGUUAUAUCCUUUGCUUCGGAGUGUCUGGGAAAAGUUCAUGGGAACAGAAGCCACAAUGGUGAACAAGCCAGGGGAAAGUCAUUUCUGUCCAUGCCCUGCCUCCAAAACCUGUCUUCCUGCUGGUUUGUGAGAAGUGAUCGUGCACUUUUGGCCUGAGUUUUGCAGGGUCCAAACCAGCAUUAAGCAAAACUUGGUCUGACUCUUGUCUUCUAGGGAGACCAGGAAAUUAUGACUCUGUCAAAGACAAACUGGUGGCAUCCGAUUUUUCCUCGUCAGUCCCUGGGCUUGCAAAGGUUCCCCAAAGGGCUUGAAAAAGAAAUGAGGUCUACUUACCUCCCAUUCUUGGAGUGACUGAGAGGUUUCUGGAAGCUGGAUUCUGAGAAAUCUCACAGCAGCCUUCUCUGAUUUUUAACCAUCAUCCUACCAGUGUGACAUGUCAUGCCCUAGUACCUGACCAUCCCAUCCCCCAUCUGUGUGCGCCUAUAGAAAGGACCACUUCAGGCACACCCGAGAAAUGUCCACUCUUCCUCUUUCAGCAUCAUAUGGCUUCAGGCUGUACAAGGACAGCAAUGGAUACAGGGGUCUUACAGAUUUACAUGCCUUUCUAGGAACGUCACCCAAUCCCCUCAAAACCCAUUAGCCUAGGAAAGUAAUAGCUAAAAUUAGUUUCAGAGGUGGGAAAGAGGUCAUGUGAGGGACAGUACCAAUGGUGACUUUAUAGUUGCCUUGUUCUCGUUACUGCCAUCAGGAGGGUGCUAUUUGGUUCAAGUUAGGUGUCGCAAAUCUGAUUCAAUAUUAACCAGACAAAUACAAUCUCUUUCAUUGGGUUGUUGGCUUUAUGAAAGAUAGCAGCCUCUCUCUCUCUCUCCCUCUCUCAUUUCUAAAUUGAUAUGCCCAGCAUACUGCCCUUCCCCCCUAUUCUCCCGUCAUCAGAGGCUGCCAGUGAGAUAAUUUAACUGUCCUAAACCCCUUAUUUGGCCUCAGUUGAUUUCUGCAACUGGAUUCUUGAAUUGGGACCAAAGUAAGAUAUUCAUGGCCUGCUCUAAAAAGAAUAAGGAAAUGAAGUCUGUCAAGUUUUCUAUGUGAAAUUCCCCAGUAGCAAGUCAGUUGGAUACAUAAGGAAGAAUUCAGCAGCUGUUCCCAUCUCCAUCCCUGAUGGAUAUGGACCAAGACCCAAUCCAUCCAAAACUGUGAGGUUCUGCAGAGCCCCGAGGAGCAUCUUGUGUUCCGUGGUGUCCUUCAGAAUCCAUGCUUUCUCUCACAAGUGCUCUCUCCCAUUGUGAAAGUGGGUUGAUGGAUGUAGUCCCACAUCACUCCUCCUAGUGGCGAUGCUGACACUUCAGCAUGCCCAGUGACCUCAACAAUCUGAUCCUUGAAUUUGCCUGAGCGAAGAUGUGCACACCCUUUCAGAGUGCCGCAUGUACAGUGGACCUUGUUAUUCCCGAGUUGUCACUGUCUAUCCUCAGCCAGAGCUUGGGAAGCACCCUCUGUGUGUCUUCCCUGGGACUGGCCACAGCCAUUUUGUGAUUGGGGACCAAAAAUCCCAGAUGAUCCCAUUAAAUGUUGGUGGUGUCAGCAGUGCCCAAACGCAUGUGUAAAAUACGAGUCCUCUAUACGGUGACGUGACUAUCACUUGCCCAGUCUUCCACGGCCACCAGGAAUCGCCCCAGGAAGAAUUCUCUGCAGAGUGCUGGUCACCUGCACCUCUCAUUUGAGAGCUAGGGUUUCUUUUGUUCUUCCGUUCUUUCUUUCUUUCUUUCUUUCUUUCUUUCUUUCUUUCUUUCUUUCUUUCUUUCUUUCUUUCUUUCUUUCUUAUUAGUUCAAGAUGUAGGGAAAGAUUAAUGUUUGGGCAAAAGCCUUUGGGAAAGUUAUUCCUAAGCUCACUUUUUUUUUUCUUUAAAUCACCAUCUCUGAAAAGGCCCCGUCCUUGCUUGGCACCCUGUGUGUGUCUGUUUUGGUGUGCUAGGAAUGACUCAGGUGUGUGCAUAAGUGAUGUAAUGGCAGUUUACUGGUGAAUGUGUUCGGUGUUUCUGGGCAUUGUGGCCAUACUAUAUGUUCCCAAAGCCAUAUAGAAAAUGUGCGAUCUUGGGGCUGCUGAAACACUAUGGCAUUGCUGCCUUUGCUUUCUUCACCUUCUUGCUGCCUAAGGAUUCUUUAGGGGCAAGAAGCACCCGGAGGAGGUCAGUCAUACUGGGGUAGCUCUGGCCUUACCAAUGGCAGAUGACCCGUGGCUCGCUUCCAAGAUCCUGAAAGAGCCUGCCAACUGUUGACUUCCCAGGCAGAUUUACUCCUUUAGGGCUGAGCUGUUCGUCUGCUGUUAAAAUGGAAGCAUUCCCAGGAAGAGUGACACACUAAGCCAUAUUAGGGAUUUGUACAUUUAAACACCUAAUCUACAUUAGGAUUUUCAUUCCUUUUUCUGGGAAUAAGCGACCGUAAGCCAACAAGAGAAAGCAACAGGUGUAUCAUAAAGCAACAGAGCAGAGUGAAAGGAUCAUGGGUCCAGAAAACAAGUCAUUUAAGCCAUGCUUCAUCUCUACCCAUGGGACCCUGCAUUAGGAGUUCUACCUGGGAUCUAUUUUCAGCACACAGUCAAGUACACAGCUUGGAGAUAGCUACAUCCUACACCACAUAGGGCAGGUGAGAAUUGUGACCCGGAGAACAGAAGACAGUCGCCUUUCCUCAAAUGCAAGAUAUCGAGUUGAGAGCUACAAGGAAAAAUGUUCAAUCGCAUUUAGUAUACAAUCUAUUAGUAUAUUAUAAAAAUCACGCAUUAUUUCUUCUCUGCUCUAGAUCAAAUAAUCUGCCAGUUAACAGUUAACUAAUUUGCCUGCAUUCUAAAUGUUCCUAGUUCCCUUCCCAAUAUUCUCUGUGAAGGAACCAGUUGACCCUCAGGUAUUAUUUAACCUGUGGGCCUACAGUAUGGUUGGGUCAAUGUUAAAAUGCUCGUUUGUCAUUCUGAGAGCUUGGAAUAUUGAUCUAGGUCUAGAAUUCCACCUAGUGUUGGGAGGUCACCAUCCGUAAGGUCCCAAGCUGGGUGAACACAUCCUACCAUCACCCCAGUAUCACCGCACAGGUCCCUGCGGGUUCUAUGACUUGGUACGGAAACUAUCUACUCCCACAACAAAGCCGCUGUCAAAGCCUUGAACCAAAGGCAGUGCUUUUUCCCAUGCCUUGAAGAGAUUGGUGAAGUUCCAGUUCUCUAGGUAGUAUAGAAGUGAGGAGAAAGAGCUUUGCUCAGAGAGUAUUGGGUGGUCCUAGCAAUGCCGGCAACGGGUAGAAAAUAUUGGGAAUCUGGUGCGUUUCUCUGCCACAGCGUCCUUGUUCAAUGACAUCAGAGCUAAUCAUUGUGAGCUGCUGGUGAUGUCCAUAUCUUGCAUCUGCUGGUGUGACUGGGGCUGGUGGUGCUACUGGGGACUGAGAAUAGGCAGUAGAGUGAAUGAUAGAGCUGCUCACAGCCUUGGGAUGCUGAUUUAUACUAUCUGUCUUGGCGAAAGUGGAAGGGCCCUUGGUGCAAGGAUCACGUUACAAUGAAGAAGCACAAUUCUAAGCUCAUCACAAAACCAUAAUUUUAAAGCUAUGACUUCCAACUUGAACUCUGUUUAUCAAUUAAUAAUUAUUUUAAGCUUGUGAUUUAAAGAGUGGUUCAAAAAAAAAUAAAGUAAGAAGCUCUACAUAAAUAUGUUAGUUCAACUAAACCAACGUCUGUUGAACAUUUACUAUGUCCUUGAGCUAAUGCUGAGAAAUAUAGAAAAGAUUUUAAAAUGGAGUAUGUUAUACUUGUGUAGCAUAUACACAUGCAUAAGUAUAAAAUAUUUAAAUGUGUAUAAAAUAGGUGUGCAUAAACUUCUGUGAUUUGACAUGCAGGUUUAAUAUAUUCUGGUUUCAGGGUUUGAGUCAAACGUAUCCAUUAAGUUACUGAAGAAUACCACAGGCAUCCAAAUCUCCACAUCAUAGUUGAGCCUGGUCACUUCUGGGAUUAUCACACAUUCUAAGCUAACGCUCAGAGAUUCCCGCUCAGGUCACAACCGUGCAUUGUCCUCACUCAUCUUUGCCAGCGUCACAGCCGAGUACUCUUUGUCUUGUGCACCAGACUCCCCUUUGCGAUCUUUUGGGGUCCUCUCCAGACAACAGGACUUCUCCCUGAGGCACCUUCCCUCCCUUCCGCACAGCUGACCGCGUUCAUCUCAAAACACAAUCUGGCAGCCAUCUGUAAGGACAAAUCUUUUCAUUCAGUUAGACCCUUGAAUCCCCGUCUAUCUCUGUUUAUCUGUGCUCUCCCAGCCUUCUAGAGUGGAUAGCCGUUUUUCACAUGCACACCCAAUGUUUACAGCUCUGCAAUGAGUCUGUAAUUCACUACUCACCUACAAACUCUAACAGCAAUGUUUCAAUGAGCAUCUUGCUACAACCCAACAGCGUUUUCCUUUUCCCUGCUAUUCACCCUUAGGUGUUCCCCUUUGGGCAGUGCUGUGUUCUGAUUUGCAUCUUAGCUCUCAGGUCCCCUAUGACCUCACUGGCUUCUGCUUUUGCUCAGCCUUGACUUGGUCUGCGUUCCAAGUUUGAUUCUCCAUGUUAACUUUUCAUGAUCAUUCUGACUUCCACAGUAUCUCUGGCUCUGAGUGAAGCCAGACCCUCUUAGACCCUAAUUUUCUCUUCGCGUAAUGCACAUAUUUCCCAUGACCUCGCUUCAGAUUGACGCAGAUACCCAGAUCUACACCUACAGAUCAGCAUAGUGAUGAGCAGGUUCUCCUGGCUGAGUGGUUCCAUUGGUCACCUGUCGCCACACGAAAGUUUUGCCAGGAACUUUUGCCUCUUUCAUGUCCCUGAUUUUGCAAGUAUAAUCACUUGGAAAACCCAUUGCUUCUCACUCAAAAGUUUUCCCGCCUCCCUUUCCUUUCAGGCCUUUCCCUCCCUCAGUGACUAUUUCAGUGUUUUAUAGCAUUGUCCCAAGAAUUCAUGUUUUGGUCUACUCUCACCAGUUUGUGCAUCCUGACCAUACUUAUUUCAUCGUCCUUAACCCAGGACGACAAGCCUUUAAUAAGCUCCCCUUGACAUGCUUUUCCAACAGGCAGCACCUUAGUUUGUGUGCUCUUUGUGACGGGACAGUUCAAUUACAUAGCUCUCCCUUAACAUUCCUUAGUCAUCUAGAUUUACUUGGAUCUCUUUUCCCCAAAUGUCCUGCUCCCAACUCUUAUCUCCCAGCUGUCUUGCAUAAUCCACUCCGUCUCUACAAGUCUUCAAAGACAAUAACACAGCAACAGCAUCUGUUUCCUCUCACAAUCUGUGCAGAAAAACAGAGACAUAUUAUGAACGUCCAUGACAUUUUAAUUUUAUCUCCUGGGUGGCAACCAUCAGAGACCAGCUUCAUAAUUGUUUGGGUGUACAUAUUGUCUUCCCUGCUAGAUUCUAACGAGGUCAUGGCUGAGUGUUCUGAGUAUGCCCUUGUCUUAAUGAUGUUUCUUUUCUCACCCUUUCUGAUGCUUUAUAAUAUUGAGUUAUCGAAGAUAACACCUCCUGACAUAUAGCUUAAGUAAAAAUACAUCAAAAUUUCAAUGACUUGGUUCAGGGAGAGUUUUAGUGUCUCAACUCCUCUGUUCUCUGUAACUGUGGUUGGACUCAUUGCCCUAGAGGAGACAGUAUCACUUCUGGCCUGACGCCCUUCUUGUUCUUAUUCCUUAUGCAGUCUUCACUUUUUCCCUUGGUUCCUUAGAUCUACUUAACAAAUGUCACCUAUUUGUUUGGGUUAGUGACUAUCUCUGUCUCUGGAGAAAGUCUUGGGGCUGGUCCUGUCCUCUUACCUAACCUGCUCUGGUACCAGCUAAUGCUCUCUUCCUUUCUCCUGGCCAGCCUCCUCUAUAAAUCUAAUGAUGGCAUUGGUCAUGAAUUAUUCUCCUUUGGGAAGCAUCUUCUGCCACCGAGUGCUAAUUUAAAGCAUACUGUAGUGAACCCAACUCGAAUAAGUUACAGGCAGGCAGUGACAAGCCUGCUUUUCAAAACAGCAGGCAGAGUUCAUUCUUCAUCAAGACAGAAAAGGGUAGAGAGAUUAUUAUUGGCAAGCUGGAGUGAAACUUGCGACAAUUUAGGAAGUAUCUAGUAAAAAUUAAAAUGUUAAGUCUAAAGGGAUAGGUUUUUUUUUCAGUUUUAAUAGUUGUAGAUAGUAUUGAUCCUAGGAAUGGGGAUAAUUAACAUUGGAGAACAAAGUCCAUCUCAUGAUAUUAAGAGACGCUUGUUUUAAGCCAUGAAACGGACUGGCACUGGCUAAUGGAUGUGUGGAGAGGCAGCUGUUCUCUCAAAGAAGGCAUCCAGGAACUUCUGUGGACCAAUGAAUGGACCAACAUUACAGGCAGUUUUACAUGAUUAUUUUAUAUCUUAUUCUAUCUGUGUUUUAAUUUACCAGUACCUGUAAAGGAUGAUAAAGUCAAAGAGUAAGAGGCCCAUAAUAGGACUUCCCUUCACGUCACAAGCAGAGCUGGGGACCUGUUGGUCUCUGGCUUUUAGGGUCCCUUCAGGAAGUAGAGAACUCCCAAAGGACCUUACUUGAGGCUGAUGGCUUCCCACAGGCCCAUUCCUUUGACCACAGACGAUUUGCAAAAACUCACCCUAACAUUGGAGAAUGAUUUCCAGGUGUCUUCCAGAUGAGGAGAGAAUUGUCCUUGGUUGUAACCUGAGAGACAGAAGCAAGGCCAAUUAAAAAUGAGGGACAUUACAAGGAAUUUUCCAAGGGCCCAUUCCAAAGUGUCUGGGGACUUUAGGCUGUUUGAUUACAUGCUAGAAAUGCCAGGGGAGGUGUCCAGAAAGAACGCUGACCCUGAGGUAAGGAAGCUGGACCCAGUCUCAUCUUUGAGGUCCUAAACGCGUAUGGGAUGUCUCGUCACACAUCAUCCCUGAGUCAGCAUCCUAGGCCUUUGGAUGACACCCAGAGAGCUGUUGAUCGCCAACCACUCUGGGCACAGAGGGCACAGCUUGUCCUACCAGCCUAGCUGUAGAAUGGUAACCUUUAUGAGCCCGCCUCCCCUCUGCAGGAGGAGGCUCUCAGUGCUGGCAUCUGACGGACUGGAACUUCAGGGAACGUAGUCACAGGGACGUGAAAGUGUGCAGGGCCCUGCUUCCUUCAGAUAGUGAUAUGACUUGUUUCCCAAAGGCAUUCUUUCUUCUUUAAAAACAAAGCAAGCAAGCAAGCAAACAAACAAACACAAGCUAUGCCUUCCUGAAGCCUCCAAAAAGUCUAUGUAGCUGCCAUUGUCACAUUUUAAUUGUAAUUAUUUAAUUAAUUAUUAUCAAUCACCAUUCUCUUUUGAAGUCAGGGCUAUGUUAAUGCUGCUAUAAGAAGCAUUGGCAAGCAAGAGACUUUGUUACUUUGUUGUCUUGGUCUGAGUUGUAUUUUCAGUCUUACAAAUCAGCGUCAUGUUCUUCACACAGUUGCUUGUAAUUCAACGACCCCUUUGCCGUUACUAUUCUCCCAUUUGUGUGUCUACCCACCACCUCACAAACACAAACACAUGCACACACAUACAUACACAAUAUUAGGAUGAGAAGUUGAGAUACAUACAGAACAUUCAUGUAAACAUGAUAUUUAAUUUUUCUAAAUAGGACCUUUACCAGUAUAGUUCUACUAACAUUCCCCACCCUUUCACAGAGAUGGCCAAGAUGUACAUAACUUAGCAUCUUGGACAAGAGGAGAAAAGUCAUUUUGUUACAGACUUUGAGAAUCUUUGGCAUUUUAAAUGACCAGGGAAAUGAGUUCAGUUUUGUCUUGGUAACAGACAAAAAAAAAAAAAAGUAUCACUAAGACAGGUGAAGGGCCAACCCUUCAGCAAUCUUAGUUAAUGCCACAGAGAAUGUCCAGGGCACUCGCAGUUUCUAGGAAGAUGCCACUUGACUUUUUGGAGAAGGAUGAUGUUUGUGAAAUCACCAGCAACUCACUUGGAUCUUCACCAUAUUUGGCUUCUGGCUUCUGGCAUAUUCUAAGUAAACCAAACAAAUCAGCAUGUGGAUAUGGGAUAAUUUACCGUCAGCUCUCCAGACGGCUUCCUUGGUGGGGACUUGUGGUGAGUUUUAGUUGGACUGAAGCCCAGAAGCACUGGGAGAGUCAAAGCUUCUGUUGUAAACUGUCUGCACUUUGUACCCCAGGCUAUCUCAGAAAGUGAUGCUAUGUGAGCUGCUCUCCAAGUUGUUGAUACCUAACAGUGGAGAAAAGUCAUGAAAUCCAGGCAGCUGGGUUAAGCAAAUCAUUGGCACAAAAUUCGUCUUCCCAGAUCCCCACCCUGCCCAUCUCCCAUCAUGCGUCAGUCUGCAGAAACCAAUCAAACGGUGGAGCAAAGCAGGAAUCUGCAAAACAGAGAUAGAAAAGUUUCUGUGAUGAAGGAAGUUUGAAGAGCAAAUCAAGAUGUUUGAAUGUUGUGAGGUAAGACAUGUCACCUUACAUGUGCCAUGUAACUUUUAUUAUUCAAAAUUUUUAGAUAAUGUGUGAGAAGCCCAGAUCUCUCCGACUGAUACCCAAGGAAGGGGGCCUUUUAAGAGUGUAUGGGAGGCAGUCAUGAAAUGCUUAAAGUGUCAGUAGUUUGGGCCAGCCCACAGGGAAGGCAACUUCAAGACAGAAUUCUUUACAUUCUUUUCCCAGGUACUUGUAUCAAUAUAGCCUGGUCCUAAUGUUAAGGCAUGAAUCAGUUCCAGAAACAUUACAAAGAAUAAUAGUACAACUCACAGAUGCAAUGAACUUCUGACAAAAGACCCAGUGUCCCCUAGAACCCAAAUAAAUAAUGAUUAUCUGCCUAAAUCCUGGAGGUUGGGGAACAAUGGCAUCCGCAGAGAAUGGUUGUGAGAUUUGAUUUUGCCCCCAAGAUUAUAAUGGUGAUUUGUCCAGCAACCACAGCUGACAGACUUCUGCAGCUACUUUCUCAUACAACCUAUCUGCUGCCUGAUGAAUGGAACCAAGUUUGGGAAAUAAAACCCACCUUUUCAAGAGGAUAGCAUCUUUAAUUUAUAUCUCAAGAGGUUUUGCUCCUUACAGGACAGUGUAUACCACGAGUGGCGAAAUGCUCUACCUUAAUGUAAGCCUGAACCAACUUAAUCAGUCCUUCCUGUCCUAGGGAGGAUGCAGCAAAGUGGGGAGUGGGGCGUGGUAAGAAAUUUCUAGCAUCACUUUUGCGGUGAAGGCAUCCCAAGAACCUGGUUCAAAAACCUGGUGUGGAGAGAGGAGGAAAUUACUCAUUCCCGUGCAUGCGGGGAGGAAUUGAGACCAGUGAGUGAAUGCUCCUCAAACUGAAAGUUUAGAAUCAAGUUGGUGACAAAUAGCAUUUCUCUCCCACUCUUAUGACUCCUGAUAGCUGGCAUAAGAUCAUGUUGGUACAUGUAGAAAGCUGAGAAAGAGGGCAGCCUAUUCCACCUUGGUACCAUGAUGACUUCAUCUUUCUUAUGAUUUUCAUUACCUAUGUCAUGAUGCUCCUUAGUAACAUAACAGGGCCAAGACCUGGUGGGUGUUGGAGCAUCUGAUCCCCCUGAGAUGACCCUUCCUUCUCUGGUGCUAUGCUCAGAUUCAUCGUGGGGCAGAGUGGAAAGAAGAUUCAUAGGACCCUAAAGGCAUGGGUAGAAAAUUACUUAAUUGAAACCACAAAGCUCUUGUGUUUAAUAUUAAAUAUUAAAAUGGAAAUGAAAAAGGCAACCCUCCAGCACAACUGCCCACAGUACAGAUUGGGAAAGCAUUAUGGGAAAAGGUUUAAAAAGCAAGUCAAACUAAAAGUAUAUACAGAAUCAGGGUAGCUUCCUAUUCUGAGGGUAUUACAGCUGGCGUGGAUGCUUCCUAUGCAUAGACAGAAUUAGGGAGAAGUCGAUGUUGGAGCCUGGGACUCUCUCCUUGGAGCAGUGUCCACAUGAACCUAGACCCCUUGCUCCUGACAUUAAGGAUAAGACUGCAAUUCCUCUCAUAGUGUAGAUUGAGUUCUUCCUAAGCCAGGCUUGCCCCCCUGAUCGUUGAGCCCUGGAAUAACUCAUAACCUUUCCCUGGUCUCUUGGCCUCGGUCACUUCUAUUAAAAAACAAUCCUUAAAGCCUGUUUGGGUAGGCCGGUGGGAUGAAGCCAACCUGGGUGAAGGUGGGAAAUGGCCAAUGAGAUUCAACUCUGAGAAAAGAAGCCUCGCAGGAGCACGUACAUGCCCACUAACCUCUAAUCUAGUCGGAAAGUCAGAGAGCUUUUGUGGAUGUGCGGUUCUUUCUUUCAGUGAGACAAGGCAGAGCGUUCAUAUUCUCUCCAUCUGCUGCUGGUUCUCUGGGAUGCUAAAUCUGCUUCUCUCCCCAGCAAGAGAAAUCAGACCAAGAACAAAAGCCCACCCUUCUCAGACAGCUGUGACAGUCUUCUUUCGGCGUGUCUUGGCUUCUUUUCUCUCUCUCUGUCACAUGAUGAGGAAAUCUUCAGGGCCAUCUCCCACCAAACAAACCAGCAAAGUACGAUACAGAAAUUCGCAAAGAAUGAGUAGUAUUAGCAUAUUUCAUUUAAUCCCAGUGGUCUUUGGGGAAUCGUAUUCUAUUUGUAAUCCAUCUCUCCUCUGAGACCCUUUUCUCUCCUAGAAGUCAUGCUAACAAUAGGAAUUUCACUGCUUCACCGUUGACAAAAGGAAUGAGAGCUAUGUUAGGAAACUGACCCAAAUUAUUUAUUUUUUGUAGCCACUGAAAAGUAGGUUUUAUAUUGACAACAACUCUUCCAGUUCUUCCCAUAGAAAUCCUUCUUGACCUCUCUGUCUCUUGCCGUAUAUCCCGAUCCGACUUCUUGAUUUGGGUUCCCUCUCUACCAUGUUCUCCUGUUACAGAGGAAUGUGCCCCUUCCAAUAGAUUCUUAUUUAAACAGGUUGCUCAGAAG